CUACAGAUCUGUAGACUGCAGCUGAGACUGAAAACACCAGUCUGGGCUCCUCUAAGACAUCAGGUUCCCUGGGGCUGGCUGCCUCCCUGGGCCGGACUGUGGAAAGUCAAUCAGCUGAAAGAAUUUGGGGAGCUGAGCUGCAGCAGCUGAGCCGAGAAUCACCUCUGUGCAGAAAACCCCCACUUUACUUUCCAUUCUGCUGCCUGAGACAACCACAUCCUCACACACCCGGCCCCCAUGGAGAGUUCAGAUGUGGAGCUGGACCUCCAGCGGAGCGUGCAGGCUGUGCUCCGGGAGCUCAGUGCCCAGGCCCCGGCCCUGCGGAGCAACCGAGGCAUGUGGAGAUGGUCCCUGCACAAGAAGAUAGACCGAGAUCCUGGUAAGAGUCCGGUGCUGGUCCGCAUUCUGCUCAGAGAACUGGAAAAGGCAGAGCACGAGGACGGCCGGCGGGUCAUCAUUCCCCUGCUGCACACGCUAAUGUACGUGCUCACCAAGGCCACAGGCAUCUCCGAGGAGCUCUACCAGAGGACCUACGCCUUCUGCAUGCGGCUGCUGACCCUGCCCGCCCCCUACUGCACGGUCGCCCUGGACUGCGCCAUAAAGCUGAAAACGGAGACGGCUGCCCCAGGGACGCUGUACCAGAGGCUGGUCAUUGCCGAGCAGAACUUGAGGAGUGAACUGUAUCCCUACCAGGAGAGAGUGUUCCUCUUCGUGGAUCCUGAGCUGGUGUCUCCCUCCGUGUGCAGUGCCCUGCUGCUGGAGAUCCAGGCAGCCCAGACACAGCAGACGCCCGAGGCCUGCAUGCGCCACGUGGUCGCCCACACCCUGCAGGCAGCUCUGGGUGGGGCCUGCCGAGCCGACACCCUGCAGAGGAAGCUGCAGCCGGACUCCAGUGACCCCCUCCCAGACCGGCCACCAAGCAUCCCCCUGCCCAGUCCACACAUCACGCUCCACCUGUGGACCGACGAGGAGCAGCUCUGGAAGGAACUGGUGCUCUUCCUGUACCCGAAAUCCCAAGCACACCUCAGCGCUGACUUGGAGGCCUUGGAUCUGCAGGGCCUCCUGCAGGACCGGGAGCAAGCCCGGGUGUCCGUGCUGUCCACUGACAGUGGCAUUGAGCGGGACCUUCCUUCGGGAUCCGACGAGCUGCCCAUACCCAGCAGCCCUGAGACGGAGCACGCCAGGCUGCAGCGCAAAGGGGGAAUGAAGAAGCGCGUGUGGCCCCCGGACAUCAGCAACUGGGACGGGCCCCCGGGGCUUCACCGGAGCACAGGCAGGCCCAGUGGGGAUGGAGAACUGCUACCCGGUGUCUCCCGGCUGCACACGGCCCGGGUGCUGGUGCUGGGGGACGACAGGAUGCUGGGGCGCCUGGCCCGGGCCUACCACAACCUCAGGAAACAAGAGACGAAGACAUUCUGCCUCACUCCCAGACUCAGCCUGCAGCUCUACUACAUCCCUGUGCUGACACCAGAGAAGCCCCCAUCGUCCAGGCACUUGGAGUUCGGAGAGCUGGCCGCGUUCCUGGGCCGCGCAGACCCGUGGUACGAGAGCACCGUCAACACCCUGUGCCCGGCCAUCCAGAAGCUGGCAGAGAUGCCUCCCUCCCUGGACACGUCCCAGACUGUAGACCCCUUCAUCCUGGAUGUCAUCACUUACUAUGUCCGCAUGGGCACCCAACCCAUCUAUUUCCAGAUCUACACAGUCAAGAUCUUCUUCCGAGACCUGAGCCAAGACUCUGCAGAGGACAUUUUCCUUACCGAGCUGAAGGUGAAGAUCCAAGACUCCAAACUCCCCAAAGAUGGCUUCUCGCCCAGGCGGAGAGGCGCGGCCGAGGCCCCGGGGGCCGAGCUGUCCCUGUGCUACCAGAAGGCCCUGCUCAGCCACCGGACCCGAGAGGUUACCAUUUCCCUGAGGGCCACCGGGCUGGUCCUGAAGGCCCUUCCAGCCAGUGACACUGACGUCCUUCCCGUUUCAAGGCCACCCACUCCUCCUCCCAUCACUGUUGCUCCCCUUACAGACCACACGUGCCUGAGUGUUAACGUGACGGAGGUUGUCAAGUCGUCCAACUUGGCAGGAAGGUCCUUCUCUACAGUGACAAACACCUUCCGCACGGCAAACGUCCAGAUCCAGAGCCAGGACCAGAGGCUGCUGACACUGUGGCUGGACAAGGACCAUCGGCGCACUUUCAGGGAUGUGACCAGAUUCGAGGUUGCUCCCUGCCCAGAGCCAUGUUCCGGGGCUCAGAAGUCCAAGACGCUAUGGCUCAGUUCACACCAGCAGAAGGAGAUGGAAACGACCAAAGCCAUGCCCAAGCCCCUUCUAAUGCCCAUCAACACGUUCUCCGGCAUCGUCCAAUGA